UCCGAGACCGGGGAUCCCUCGAGAACGGACAUCUUCGAUCUGGUGAUCAGUUCCCUAUCCUUGGUUGUGUUUUCCACAUUGUUCUUGGGUUUGUUGUUGUGAUUUCCACAUUCUUCUUGGAUCGUCGUUGUGAUUUCCACUUCUUGGACUAUUGUUGUUGUGAUUUCCAAUUUUUUCUUGGAUUGUUGCUGUUAUGAUUUCCGCAUUCUUCUGGGAUUGUUGGUGUUGCUUUUGUGUAAAUUUCUUGGGCCCUUCUUCUCUUGUUCCUUUUCAUUCUCGCGCAACCAUCGAACUGAUCAUGGUGACGCUGUGAACCUAUGUGGGCCUUCUGGAACGAACUUGGACUCGAUUGAUCUGCCAAGAGCUGUCGAAAUGGGAAUGUACGCUUUGCAUUCGGUAAAUCAAGGGUUGGCGAUACCGACCAAAAGAACCAUCAUCUUGAUUGAUCGGCAUACAGUGCGAGCAAACCGCCAUCGAUUGAGCUUGCUCGUUUCUUUAAAUCAAUGGAAUCAGAUACUUCAACAGGCACUGAAUUGGCAUUUGGAACGAGAUUUCCACAGGUAUCCGCCCCCCAGAUCUCUUUGAGGCCACUCCUCGAACAGGUGGUAGACGUAAGUCGUAACCCUCCUCCCUCCUCCCUUCGGCGAUCUCUUCUCUUCCUGCGUAGGUCCAGCGUCCAACAAGAGGCUGGAGAUACCGCGGAGGAAAACGGUAAAGAGACGGAGUUGCGAGCAAGAAAGAAAAGCUGUUCACAGUGGGCAAGAAAAAUGGCGCCUUGCUGGAUCUCCUGCAGGCGAUUCAUUCAAGAGGUCGGGCUUUCACCUCCCCUGCACAAGAGGUACGCAAACAAAAAGGCCUGCUCUCUUUCCAAUAAUCACAAAAAGUAG